AUGGAAUGUGUCAAUUGCGAUUGUACGGUGAAGACGAUGAACAAUUUGGAUUGUGCGAUUCGCGGGCUGUUGCAACGUGGCAAGCACGUCAAUCAGAUGAUGAAGGAGGAGAAGUUGAUUAGAGAUGAGCGGAAAAUGGAGGCGUUGAAAGAGUUGAAGAAACAACUCCCAACAACCAAAAAAGUGAUCCAGUGCUCCGAAGCAACAAUGGAUCGUACCGUAACCAACUCGACGAAGCCACGUCGCAUUUUUAAUAAAAUCACUGGAAAAGCCGAAUCCAUUGACUUCGAUUGUCCAUCGUUGACGACUGAACAAUCGGAAACUACAGUAUGCUCGUCGGGACCAUACACCAGUGCCUCGUUGUCUAUUCCGAAGAAGACGUCGUCUGUGGUCUCAACCACCACCAUGACCACUGAAGUCGUUGCUACUUCUUCGAUCUACAUCAAGCAGAAUCCGGUGGACAUGUCGUUGGAUAUGCAUUUGGUCUUUUUUGAUGACCAAAAUCAAAAAGUGAUGGACAUUUCGAUGAAUUCCUCCCAGAAUAAGAAGAUUUCGAACGUUCAGUUUUGCGGAAAAGAUGCGAAAAUUGUUGCAUAA